UGUAAACUCGGUGCGUAAUUGAGAGUUAUUUUGGCGCCCAAUUUCAUUUUUCCUCCUAACCCUUUCCUUGUGAGAGACGCCUUCGCCAUUCCAACAAAAACCACAAUCCAUUGUUUGAUGGGGCACAAAUUACAAUGAAGCGCAAUUUCCAACCUCCCAUUUCUAAUGAUAGUAGCCGUCAGAAGAGAACAAAAGUUGGAGAUCUUGAUCGUGAUAGACCUUUGACAUGCAGAAGAGAUUCUUCUCCCAUAUCCACGAAAGAAAGACGUGUUUCGUACGGAAAGAAUGCAAAAACUUCUGAGUUUGCAUUUUUUAAAAAGUUCAAGGAAGAUGCAAGCCAUAGAUUCAGCUCAUCUCUUCCACGUCAGAAGGAACUUCAAUCAAAAAAGUUCAACUCGAAUGAUUGUUUCAGAGAGAGAGCAAGCCCUGUUGAAAACGGCUGUAAAGACUACACAUCACAUCAUCUUGUUGAGAAGGUCACUCCUGUUAACUUUAACUCGCUGCAUUUACCUUUGGGUAAUUCAUCCAAAAUUUCAGAUGUAGAUGUCUUACAUGCUCAUAAAACAUUUAAGGAUAUACAGAGCAAACAGAGGAACGUGGAAAAUGAUGAUAUUUUUAGUAGAAAGAGGCAGAAAUUACGUCAGUUCAUUCAGAAUAUGUCGUUCCAUGGUACUGGUGAAUCUUAUGAGAAGGGGUAUGGUGUUAUUUCCAGGCUACUUAGCCGGCUUAUACCAGAGAGAAAUCAGUAUAAGUUUAAUAAUAACUUGGAAAAAAUACAAAGGUUGCGUGGAAGGUGCUGUCCUUGGCUUGAUUAUGAGCAUCAUUUGAAUAAUAGUUUAUCACCUUGUCGUUUGAAUAAAUCAAGAGGAAGAUCUUUUUCUCAUUCUGAUUUCUCAACCAAUAGCGAGGACAACAAUUUCCAAAUUAAAUACAGAACUAAGGAGUUCGACUGCAAUGUAGACAGAAAAAUGACUCUGCUUAAUGUCACCGCUGCAGUUGAAAACUAUAGGUCAUUUAUUUCCAGCCUUUUCAAGCCACAAUACGGUUUAUAUGAUCAAGAUGAACAUUUUCACCUAAGAAAACAAAAGCUAAAACCUCUUCUGCUCGGUUGGGAUACUGACUACAUAAAAGAUGAAAGUUCUUCUCAACUUACAGAGUUGAACACAAUUGCCAAGUCACCAAUUUCAUUCGCUGAUGAUCAGCCAACCAUGCACGAGAGUUUUGGUGCUGCUCCGCUGUGUUCAUCCCCUUUCCCUUCCAGUAAUCGUACAAACUUAAACUCAUUGCCAUACUCCAGUUUAGCCAGCUCUCAAAUCCAUGGAUUAAGUUGGCAAAAUGUAGCAGGGGAAGAUAUCGGUACCACUUUCAACAACCUGCAUUUGAAUUUCUCAUCAGUACCCAAAUUUCUUCAUCAAUGGAAUAGUUCUGUCGAUGAUGGAGGCUGCCAUGACUUGUGUGCACAAAACACUGAUUGGGUUAUGAAUAACGUGUUGGAUGACGGAUCCCAACAUCCUUCUAUUGAAAGUCUGUGUGCUUCUGGCCUUGUCUUUGAUUUUGGAUGCAAAUACCUUUCAGACUCAAAGGAACAACGCCAAACAGCUUAUCAUAUACUUAAGUACCCACUGGAUGAAAUACAACCCACAGCCCUAACCAAUGAAGAAUGGAGUAAUGACAGUUCAGAUGAUGUGCUUGUGGAUUAUCGACCGCCCUUCUUUAUCCAACCGGAGUCAUUCUUUCAAGGGAAGGUAUACUCUAUACUGACUGAUAAACUUAGCUGGGAUGUAGCCAGAAGUGAAAUAAAUGUUGAUGAUAUAACUGAAAUGAAUUACAUAUGAUAGUAGGUUCAAUUUUUAAUUGAUCCUUUAUGCUUAAUCAUGUCUCCUCUUUUGGCCUAUCUUUUUAUUUUACAUUGUGGGCUAAGAGAGAUGGAGAUUUCUGAGGGGGAAGGUUUCUUGGUUGAGCGAGAACUCAACAUGAUUUUUUUGGUGCAGAAUGAAUGAAAUAAACUGUGUGGGUUAGGUAGUUUUUUCAUGCUUGGAUGAAAAAUCGUUUCAAAGAGCUUCAAGUUUUGUGUUGUAAACAAAAAGAUUCUUGGCUUGAGUCAUUUCCUGUCCACGUAUUUCUCCAGUAAGUUCAGUUCACUAUGAAUUGCUUUAGUUGUUGCAUUUGGAUGAAAAUGGUGGAAGUCAUGGGAACACCAUGCAUUUUAGUGAAGGUAAAUGAUCUCAAGCUGAGCAUAGUUUUGUGUAUAAAGACAUAAAUUACCAUCGUUGGUAUGUUGGAAGAAGAGGGUUGGUUGAUUGAACAAGUGACAACCAUCUAAGAGGCCCUGCCUAUGCCAACUGCUCAACCUGCCAUUUAUACCUACCCGAAUCCUUUGGAAAAUGUAUGAAUGUUUUUUUAAUCCUUAGUCAACUUUAGAAAAUAACUGUAAGUAUAGUAUUUCUUUUCUUUAGAAAAAUGUAUAAAUAACUGAUAUUCCUAUCAGAUAAUUGAUAGUAACAACAUAUUCUGCUAA